AUGGACACCCCAGGCUGCGCCUGGUUGCUGCUUCUGCUGCUGCCAUUGCUGCUGUUACCCCUACAGGGAAAGAGCCAUCAGCCUCUACAGAGAUCCAAAAGAAGAUGGGUUCUCACCACCCUGGAUCUGGAGGAGGAAGACCCAGGUCCCUUUCCCAAACUGGUUGGGGAGCUGUUCAAUAAUAUGUCAAAUAAUGUGUCACUGAUGUAUUUAAUCAGAGGACCUGGUGUGGAUGAAUUUCCAGAGAUUGGCUUAUUCUCAAUGGAAGAUCACCAGAGUGGAAAAAUAUAUGUUCACCGCCCUGUCGAUCGAGAAGUGACACCAUCUUUUAUGGUUUACUUUGAUGCUGUGGAUCGAUCCACAGGGAGAGUUGUGGAUGAAUCCCUGAUUUUCAACAUUAGGAUCAGAGAUGUGAACGACCACGCUCCCCAGUUUCCUGAAGAGGAAUUUAACAUCAGUGUAAAAGAGAGCCACGCUGCAGGUCAACCUAUUUUUCAGUUGUUAACAGUCGAUUUGGAUCAAGAAAACACUCCAAACUCUCAAGUCUUUUAUUUCCUCGUUUCUCAAACACCGCUACUGAGAGAAAGUGGCUUUCGGAUUGAUCUCAUCAGUGGGGAAGUGCGACUCUCGGGAUGCUUAAAUUAUGAGACAGCUCCUUGGAUCACGCUGAUAAUCAGAGCGAGCGAUUGUGGAGAGCCACCCCUGUCGUCCACCGCCACCAUUCAUGUCCAUGUAGAAGAAAGCAACAACCACAUGCCGACGUUCACAGAAGACCAUUAUAAGAUUCAGAUUUCCGAAGGUCACGUCGAAUGGGGCCUGUUGUAUCUUCCCGUUCAAGAUCAAGACUCACCAUUCACACCAGCAUGGAGAACGCAAUUCAACAUAUCAGAUGGCAACGAGGAGGGGCAUUUUGACAUCAUGGCUGACCCUGAGACCAACCAAGGAGUAUUAAAUGUUGUCAAGCCUUUGGAUUAUGAAACCCAAGCAGCCCACAGCCUCGUCAUUGUUGUGGAGAACCAGGAGCCGCUCCUCUCUUGUAAGGAGGGCCAGAUGAGGCUGUUGAGGAGGGCCAUGGCCAGCACCAUGGUGACUGUGCGGGUGGUGGACGCCAAUGACCCACCGGCCUUCCACCCCAGGACCUUCAUUGUCAGCGAGGAGGAUGGAGCCCGGCCUGGCAUCCAGCUGGGAGAUUUCAAUGCUACAGACCCAGACAGGCCCACAGACAGCCAGAUAAGAUACGAACUGGUUCAUGAUCCAGCAAAUUGGGUGACUGUGGAUGAGAAAUCAGGCGUGGUCACCACCAAGAGGCAAAUAGACCGGGAGUCCCCUCAUGUGAACGGCAGCUUUUAUACAAUUAUCGUCCAUGCAGUUGACAAUGGCCUCCCACCGCUGACUGGCACGGGGACUCUGCUGCUUUUCCUGUCUGAUGUCAAUGACAAUGCUCCAACUCUCCAGCCCCAUUCUCGACACUUGGCGGUCUGUGAGUCUGCUGGGAGCAAGGCCCUGCUGUUGGAAGCCGCAGAUGCAGACCUGGAUCCCUACUCUGCCCCCUUCACUUUUGAUUUGGACACCACCCAGGGAGAUGUGGAAGACACUUGGAUGCUGAGGACAAAGCAGGGUGAAGGCCACUCUGUUGAACUCAUAAUGCUGAAAAGCCUCCCGCCUGGAGACUACUUGGUGCCGUUAUUCGUAGGAGACAGACAGGGCCUCACCCAGAAGCAGACAGUCCACGUGAGGAUCUGCUUCUGUCCCAGCGGAUCUGAGUGUGAGGAGCGUGCAGACACAGGGCUCCUGUGGUGGGCCCUGUCCCCUGUCUGUGCAGCAUUCCUGACUCUGGCAGCUGCCCUGUUUUCCCUGUUGCGGUGCUACUACGCAUUUGGGCCUGAGAGACACGGAGACUUCAUCCCAGGUGACAGUGGCCACCAGACGCUGAUUGCGUACAACGAGGAAAGCAAAGCCCAGGUAGUGAUGGGUAGUGGCAUGUUCUUUGAGCCAAGAAGCAUGAAAAACCGAUCUUCCACUCCGGUCUGUCCGGAUCACUUGGUGCCUCGAUGCCCCCUGCAACUGAUGGAAGAAAAGGUGGUGGAGAGACUGAGCCAGAAGCUCCAGCAUGUUGAUGUUCUGGAAGGCGAUGCUGGCCACCUGCCUCAUGUCUACAGAGAGGAGGGAGAGUGUGAGGAAGCUGAGACCCUCAGCUCUCUGUCCUUCUUGGAGCAGGACCUCUCCCCUGAGUUGCUGGACUGCUUGGGCUCAAAUUCUGCUCCAUCCGAAGCAGUAUGUUCUGCACCAAAGGUUCCUUCAUAAAAGCAUGUGAUGGGCAUGAUUUGGGACAAUGGUCACUGUUCAUGGAGCUCUUCUUUUGUUCUUUAUUCUUUAUUUCUUCCUAGUCUGCAGUGGUUAGUGUUGCACACUUGACAGUCACUUGAGAAACACCUCUGGCAUGGGGGAUUAUCUUGUUUGCAUUAGUUGAGUUGGGAAGAGCUGCCCACUGUGAGUGGCACCAGUUCCCUGGCUGGGCUCCUGGACUGAGCAUCAGCACCCGCCACUCUCUGCUUUCUGAUCUCAGACACAUGUGACUGGCUGAUUUAGACUCCUGUCAUCUCGACUUCCCGCCAUGAUGGACUGUACCCUUGAACU